GCAAGAAGCACCAGCUGGGCUUCUCUUGAAUUCCUGACCCAAUGACACUCCUUCAAGUUUUCCUCAACACGUAUGGUAUUCCGACUCAAACUCCUCAGCAGGUAGAACCUAUUCAAAUAUGGGCUCAGCAGGAGCUCGUGAAGGCUUAUUUCCAUCUGGGUAUCAGUGAAAAGUUAGGACUCUCCGGAAGGCCAGAUAGGCCCAUUGGCUGCCUCGGGACAUCAAAGAUUUAUCGCAUUUUAGGAAAGACUGUGGUUUGUUAUCCUAUCAUCUUCAACCUAAGUGAUUUCUACAUGUCUCAAGAUGUUUUACUGCUGAUAGAUGAUAUAAAGAAUGCACUACAGUUCAUUAAGCAAUAUUGGAAAAUGCAUGGACGUCCCAUUUUCCUUGUUCUCAUCCGGGAAGACAAUAUAAGAGGUAGCCGAUUCAACCCCAUAUUAGAUAUGCUGGCAGCCUUCAAAAAAGGAAUGGUUGGAGGAGUCAAAGUUCCUGUUGAUCGUCUACAGACGCUGAUAUCUGGAGCUGUGGUGGAACAGCUUGACUUCCUACGAAUCAGUGACACAGAACAGCUUCUGGAAUGUAAGAGUUUUGAGGAAUUAGAACUUCCCAGACAUUCAAAAGUCAUACGACAAAGCAGCGCGGCCAGUGCUCCUGAACUGGAACAGCAGUCGGAUGUCGUGGUUACUGAAUGGAAAAACAAACCCACCCAUGAGAUUCUUCAAAAGCUGAAUGACUGCAAUUGUUUGGCUAGCCAAGCCAUCCUGCUGGGUAUACUAGUCAAAAGAGAAGGCCCCAACUUCAUCACAAAAAAAGGUACCAUUUCUGAUCACAUUGAGAGAGUCUAUAGAAGAGCUGGCAGCAAAAAGCUUUGGUUGGCGGUGCGCUAUGGGGCUGCAUUCACCCAGAAAUUUUCUUCCUCUAUAGCCCCACACAUUACUACUUUUCUGGUACAUGGGAAACAGGUGACUCUGCGUGCCUUUGGGCAUGAAGAAGAGGUGAUCUCUAAUCCUUUGUCUCCAAGAGUGAUUAAGAACAUCAUCUAUUACGAGUGUAAUACCCACGAUGAGAGGGAAGCGGUCCUUCAGCAAGAGCUGGUCAUCCAUAUUGGUUGGGUCAUCUCCGAUAACCCUGAGUUAUUCAGUGGCAUGCUGAAAAGACGAAUUGGGUGGAUCAUCCAUGCUAUGGAAUAUGAACUACAGAUCCGUGGCAGAAACAAGCCAGCCACAGACUUAUAUCAGCUGUCACCUAGUGAAGUUAAACAGCUUCUGUUGGAUAUUCUCCAGCCUCAACAGAAUGGAAGAUGUUGGAUGAACAGGCGUCAGAUCGAUGGGUCUUUGAAUAGAACUCCCCCCGGGUUCUAUGACCGAGUGUGGCAGAUCCUGGAGCGCACACCCAAUGGCAUCAUCGUGAAGAUCGGGAAGCAUUUGCCACAGCAACCAACCCUGUCGGAUAUGACCAUGUAUGAGAUGAAUUUCUCCCUCCUGGUGGAAGACAUGUUGGGAAAUAUUGACCAGCCGAAGUACAGACAGAUCGUUGUGGAGUUGAGUCCUGGAGAAGACGCCUGUCCUUGACCCACAUCAAGGACACGAGCAGUUCCGGCAUCUCACAUCCUCCAGGGUGGAACGGCCGGCUGUCCAGCUGCUCCAGCUCCACACUCGCCCCUCAGCAGCAAGUGCAUCAACAACACCGUAACAGAGAGGAAGUGACCUUUUUCUAUGUUUUAUUCUAAUCUUUUUUCUGUUUACAUAAAUAAUGCAUGACUAUUGUAGAAGGUUUUAGUAGUUCAGAAAAUUGUAGAAGAGAAAGCAAAAAAAUCUCUCCACACCCACUAGCAGUAAAUCUGCACUGUUGAUCUUUUGAGGGACGUCUGUCCAAACAUCUCUCUGUGAACAGAGAAGACACAUAAUUUUGUGCUGUAUCGUCAUUGCUCUGUAUAAAGUUACAUGAUAAGAUACACACACGUGCUUGCACGUGCUCUUUUGCCAUUUUAAAACAUUAUACCAAAUGCACAGAGAAUCCCCCAAAUGAAUGGACUUAACAUACAGCUCAUCUUCACUUUGUCUUUCUCUGAGAAUGUCUCCAUCAGACUUUGUUUUUCUUGAGGGUGGGUAAUGUGCCAUAGAUGCAGAAGCUCUCAGUGCCUGCUGAACUAGAUGUGGCACCAUCUGAAACCCAGCAUGUCUGGAUUUCAGUCAGAGCUGAAUGAGUGUCAGCUUUAUCUCUGAGAUGCCAGGAUUUGGAAACAGUAUCAGCCAAUCCGUUUCAUAACAUGUGGGAGUGAGGCAGAGACUGGGGUCAGGAAGAGAGAGGGUUAGUAGAAAGGUGAAUGCCUUCCUUGUGCUUUUAGCCUUUUGGUGUCUAGUGCCCAGCAUCUGGGACCUAGAGUGGACAUAGAAGUUCUUCUUGUUGACCAAAAUGAGGUCAUUCCCUUUGUGGAAGAAAUUUUCCUUUAGAACUAGAGCAAAACUUUGUAUUCUCCUGGCUAAAGCCCUGCUCCAAGGUAUCCCACAUUGUGACUCUUGGAUUUUUCUGAAACUGUUACCUUUAGUUCUUUCAGGUUCUGUUGGAAGCAUUUCGAUCAAGUACAGUCAAGGCGAUUCCCAAAUUGGGAAUUAUGAGGUCUUGUUCCUGUUCCAUGUACAAAGUAGGAGCCAUAAUCAUCAUCAGAAAGUCUUUACCAAGCAUUGUAUACUCAGACACAAUGUUUGCAUAUAACAGUUUGUCACCUAAAAUGAACGUUGUUGCAACUUAGGGUAAAUGUAUGGGAUAGCCAGACACUAGGAUGAUGCAUUAAACUAAGAUAGUUUAUACAGACCAAUUAGUACUCAUGUCGUAAAGAGAUCAGAGUUAAGUGUAUUUUUUAAAGCAUAACCAUCUCCUGAGAAACUACUAUGAUGUCACAGAUGAUACCCAUUUUGGGGUGCUGGGCUCCACGUCAUUUGAUCGUGAGCCUGAAUCCAGAGUCUCCACUGUACUGACCUUCCUUCCCUGGCUUGUUGCUUGCCACCUCUUCUGGGGCAGCCUCUGCUCUACUGGACACUGGUUUUUGGUGUCUUGCCAACAAGGAUUACUGCCCAAAGGCCG